UUCGCAACUUGUUUCGGGUAUACCGGUGCGUGGCACACACACAUGGGCUGGCUGCUCGGGGUGAGGCCUCAAUGCUGCCCCGGCUCCGCGUUCUGAGCUCCCCGCUCCGUCUCCUCUCGGCUGGGCCCCCGCUCCCGCCUCGCUGCAUCAGCGGCGGCAGAGCAGCAGCGACGGCGACGCCAUCGGGCACCAUGGACCGCGUGCGCGUGAGACGCGUGGACGGCGAGGACACCAUGACCGUCGCCUUUCCCUGGGGGGACGAGGGAGACAAAGGCGGCCGGCGCCAGGUGCAGCGGUCGCAAGCGGAGGCGCUGAGCCGGGCGCUGGCUCGGAUAGCCGGCGGGAACAAGAAGGACAAGAAGACGGCGCAGGCCUUGGCCAAGAAGCGGAAGGGGAAGAAGAUCGGCGAGAUGACGGGAGAGGGGGGGCGGCAGCAGCAGGGGCAGCAGGGGCAGCAGCAGCAGCUAGAGGCGAGGCUCCUCUACCAGGGCUACCCCGUGGACCCGGCCACCCCGAACGUGGCAGCGUGGAGAGACGGCGCCGUGCUGGAGAUCGGCGGCCGCCGCUUCGCCGUGGACGUGAACGUGCCCGCCGUCACCUCGCUCUCGCUGCCCGCGGCCAUCAUGGCGGGCUUCCCCGUCUUCCCCACGGUCGAGGUGGAGUUCGGGAACGCCGCCGCCGCCGAGCUGCGAUGGUCGUUGGAGGACGCCGGCGAGGGGGAGAAGGAGGAAGGCGAGGCGGCGGCGCCGGCGGCGGCGGCGGCGGCGGCGGAGGAGGAGGGAGUGCUGGAGGUGGUGUGCCGGGACGCGGUGUUCACGCCUCACGCGGGGCACGUGGGCAAGAGACUGCGGCUGCGAUGCGUCCCCAAGGAUGGAGAGAGGUGCGGGGACCCCGUGGAGGUGACCUCGCCGAACCUCGUCCAGGCCGGGCCGGGCCCGUGCCUCUGCGACGCGCGUCACGCCUACACGAGGCUCCCCGUGGGUCGCGGCCGCCUGCGUGCCGUCUCCUACAACGUGCUCGCCGACGUGUACGCGCAGACGGAGGUGGCGCGCUCGGAGCUCUUCCCCUACUGCCCCGCGUACGCGCUCGGCCUCGACUACCGCCAGAACCUCCUGCGCAAGGAGCUGGCCGCCUACAACGCCGACGUCGUCUGCCUCCAGGAGGUGGACAAGAACGUGUUCGCGGACGGGCUCAGGCCCGUCAUGGAGGCGUUUGGCAUGGAGGGAAUUUACCGCAUGAAGGAGCGUCAGAAGGAGGGGCUUGCCACGUUCUUCCGAAGCGACCGCUUCCGCCUUGUGUCGCGGCACGACGUGACGCUGGCCGUCGCGCUGCAGGGCGACCCUGCGCACGAGGAGCUGCGUCUAGCCCUCCAGAAGAACCCGCGGCUCUACCGUGUGCUCACACGACUCGCCACGGAGCUGCAGGUGUCUGUUCUGCAGUCGCUGGAGGACGAGCGCAGGAGGUUGAUAGUGGCCAACACUCACCUCUAUUGGCACCCCAAAGGCUCCCACGUGCGUCUCAUCCAGGGCGCCGUCGCCCUGCGCCACCUGGAGCUGCUGGUGUCCUCGCUGGCACCGCCCGCCCCCGCUGCACCGCCGCCGCUCCUCUUCUGCGGAGACUUCAACAGCUUCCCCUCGUCGGGCCUCGUCCAGCUGCUGACCACUGGCCACGUCGGCGCCAGCCACCCGGACUGGAGCGCCAGCACGGUGCCGGCCGAAGACGACGAUGGGGCGGAGGAGACGGAAGCCGGUGCUGCUUCUUCAAACGAGAGCGAUGGCGGCGACGGGAUUUGCGGGCGGGCGCCGGUCGCCCUGGAUCUCCGGCACGAGCUGGCGCUGUACAGCGCGUCCGGCGAGCCGGAGUUCACCAACUUCGUGGCCGGGUUCCGCGGCUGCAUCGACUACGUACUGGCGUCGCGCGCGUCGCUCGCGGCGGAGGCGGUGGUGCCACUGCCGGGCCUGGACGAGGUGCAGACGUACACGGCGCUGCCCAGCGUGGUGCACCCGUCCGACCACCUCGCGCUCGUAUGCGACCUGCGCUUCUGCAAUUGAGGCUUUGCUGACGCCGGCUCCGAUUAAUAGCGCUUUUGUGACUGUCAAUGGCGUCUCCAGCCAUGGCACUGGUAUUGGCUGCGGUGGUUUCGGCGAUGGCGAUGGAAGUGGAGCCGCCGAUGGAGCCGGCGGUGGCAGCGGUGGUGAAGCCAGCAGUGGCAGCAGUGAAGCCAGCAGUGGCAGCAGUGAAGCCAGAAGUGGCAGCGGUGGCGUGGGUGGUGAAGCCACAGCGGUGGCAGUGGUGGUGAAGUGGGCGGUGGCAGUGGUGAAGCCGGCGGUGGCAGGGGUGAAGCCAGCGGUGGCAGCGGCGGUGGUGAAGCCGGCGAUGGCAGCGGCGGUAAAGCUGGUGGUGGUGAAGCCGGUGGUGGUGAAGCCGGUGGUGGUGGAGCCGGUGGUGGCGGAGCCGGUGGUGGCGGAGCCGGUGGUGGCGGCGGUAGUGGUGGAGCCGGCGGUGGCAGCGGUGAUGGCAGCGGUGAUGGUGAAGCCGUCGGUGGCGACGAAGGAGCUGGUGGUGGAACUGGUGGAGCUGGUGUUGAACCUGGUGGCAGCGACCAUGAAGCUGGGGAUGGAGCUGGUGGUGGAACUGGUGGCGGUGACAAUGGAGCAGAUGGUGGAGCCAAAGACUGCGGCGCUAUCAUUGCUACCAUCACUCGCGUCAAUGGUGCUCACAAUCGCACAGCCGGUGCUAUCUCUUCCGCGACUUCAGAUGCUGGCACUCGCAGUGGCAUUCCCACUCGCACUCCCGAGUGACUUUCCUAUCAUCAUCUACACCACCGGCGUUAUUGGUUCCCUUGUCAAUAGCACCCGAGUCAUUAACACUGUCGGUGAACUUCCUGCCAUCAUCACUCGCACCGGUGGCACUACCACUGACCUCCAUAACACUAUCGCUCGUACUACUGUUGAUAUUAAUGACCUUUUUGCUAGCAUCACUCCCAUUACUCGCGCUUUCGGUAACCUUGGUGUCACUAUCAAUGACAUUAUCCCCAUCGGAGUCUCCAUCGGUGACGCCAUUGUUGGUGCCUUCACUUGGGCCAUCGCUGGCAACAGAUAUGGCACCAGACAACACUUUAGUGUUUGCACGUCUCUACCAGCUAACCGAGAGGACAGUGCGAAAUGCGUUGUUCAGAAUCGUGUUGAGCCACCUUGCCAGAUGGUGGAGGGCGGCAUGUGCAGGACUAAUAAAUCCCGUCACUUGACCUGGA